AUGCCAGACCAAAAGAAAGCGCGUGUUCUGCUCGUCGGCAGCGGCGGCAUCGGAACAAUGACGGCGCUGAACCUCGAACGCGGCGGUCUCGCAACAGUCACAGCGGUCCUGAGAUCAAACUACUCUGUUGUGCGCGAGAAGGGAUUCAGCAUCGACUCCAUGGACCACGGACAAUUUUCGAGCUGGCGCCCCACGGAGAUUUUGAACGCCGUUCCCGACGUGAUAGCGACCAAGACGCCACCAUUCGACUACAUUAUCGUGACGACCAAGAACGUCCCCGACGUCCCACCUCCAGUGGUUGAACUGAUCCGACCAGCCGUGACGCCAGGCCACUCUGUGAUCGUGCUGAUUCAGAACGGCCUCAACAUCGAGAAACCGAUCCUAGAGGCAUUCCCCGAGAACAUUUGUCUUUCGGGCGUGUCUUUGAUGGGCGCGGACGAGUUGCAACCAGGCCACAUCCUCGAGAACGAUCCAGACAGACUGUUCGUGGGGCCCUUUUUCUCCUAUGCUAUCGACACGCAGAAACAGAUUGCGGCCGCGCAGGACUUUGUGCGCAUCUACUCUGCCUCUGGCAAGGUGCAGUGCAGCUACGAUGCGAAUGUCUUGUUUGUGAGAUGGCGCAAGCUCAUGUACAAUGCUGUCUGGAACCCGAUUUGUGCACUUACGGAUCAGGAUACGGGGCGGUUCAGGCUGUUUUCGGGUCCAGAUGAUGAUACGGAUCCGCAUAGCCAGCUUAAUUUGCUGGUUAGACCGGCUAUGAAUGAGAUCAGAGCGGCGGCUAAGGCGGCUGCUGAUGUCGAUUUGCCGGAGUCGUUGGUGGAGACGAUAAUUACUUGUGAUCCGAUUGAUAUCUUUUGUGCGCCGAGUAUGUUGCAGGAUAGACGCAAGAAUCGAUAUAUUGAGCAUGAGAAUAUCCUCGGGGAAGCUCUUAGAGAGGGUGAAAAGGCUGGUGUGGCUAUGCCGACUAUUCGUUCGCUGUAUGGGUUGUGCAAGGCUAUUCAGUGGCGGACUAAGGAGUUGAAUGGCUUGGUUGAUGUGCAGAAGUUGUUGGAGGAAAGGAACAAGAAGACUUCUUCUUAG